UACAAAAGCGCAUUCUCACCAUUUCAUCACCACCCGGCGCGGCGAGCGGAGGAGAGGAGAGCAGGGGCAGCAACCGGCGGCAAGGAUGCAGAUCUUCGUGAAGACGCUGACGGCGGAGACCAUGACGCUCGAGGUGGAGAGCUUCGCGGCCGUCGACAGCGUCAAGGCCAAGAUCCACGACAAGGAAGGUAUCCAGCCGGACCAGCAGCGCCUCAUCUUCGCGGGGAAGCAGCUUGACGAUGGCCAGCGCACCCUGGCCGACUACAAAAUCCACAAGGAUUCCACGCUUCACCUCGUGCUGCGCCUCGCCGGCGGUGACAGGGGCUCGUGGUACCCCUACUUGGAGCCUAACCUGCUCGCGCUUGCGCUCAAGUACAGGCAGCACAAGCUUGUGUGUCGCAAGUGCUAUGCACGCCUGCCCCUCAGGUCUACCAACUACCGCAAGAAGAAGUGCGGUCACAGCAAUGACAUCAGGCCCAAGGAGAAGCUGCGCUUCCACUGAAGUAUUGGAAACAUGACCCGAGUGACAUGCCAUAGCUGGAUUAACUGGGAGUUCAGAGUUUGGUUCGAGUCUUUCUUGGAUAUGAAGUUUCAUCCUAGUUAAAAUGUUGCUUCUGGAAUCUAGAACCACAUAAAUGAUGCUAGCUUGCAAUUCGCUCUUCCAUGAAUGAUGAAAUCAAGUAGUAUUUGAGGUCUACUAGCUAGCUUGAAUGAUGAUGAA